AUGGCAGAUGCUAGGGAGCAGUCAGGAUAUAGAACCAUUUGGCAUGCACUCAGGCUGGUUCAUAAAGUGCAUCCACCAAGAGAAAUGGUGAAUAUUCUACGUGAGCUAGAUCCUGCUGCAAGCCAAGCAAGAAGAGCAAAAAGAGUAACAAGGAGGAAAUACUCAUCACCAGGACCAAAUCACCGUUGGCAUGUAGAUGGUAAGCUUAAUCGUAUUAUAAAGAUUAAUGCCCAGCAUAACGUACGAAAGAGAGCCAUAUAGACAAAAAUAUAGAAAUAAAAUUUAUUUAGAAGUACUAACGUUUCGUCUUUAACCUAAGACAUCUUCAGAGUAAAUGAAUAUAGUAUGACAAUAAGUUACAAAUAUGAAUAAAUUAUUUACAAUAUCAAAUUACAAGGUGAUGAGGUAAUAGGAAUGCAGAGGAGGGGGGGGGGGGGGGGGUUAAAGGAGAGAAUCAGCAAGGUAGCUCCAUUCCUCUCUCACUCCUCUGACUAUUUAAGUCUGGGGAGGGGGUUGGUUGGUUGGCAUUACAUAUGGCCUAUCGUUUAUAUAUUUAAUAUAUAAAAUAAUACUCCCAAACAAUAUUAAAAAAUACAAAAUAUUGUGACCCCCUUCCCCCACUGCAAUAACAAAUGCCAAUAACCCACCCCUGCAAAAAAGGACCCAAAAUUUUGCUCUGUCGCAUAAUUUACACACACCCCUUACCAUAAAUAAUGAACAUACGCUUCGAAGGUAAAACUUUAUUUAGUUCAAAUUAAAGUGCUUAUGAGACGAAAUUUUUGCUUCAUUAUUUUAUUGCUUUAUUAAAAAGUACGUACUGCUCAAAUGAUGAAGAAUGACGUUUACAGUUUAUUCAUAUCUCAUUCCCAAGUUAUCACACUUUUUAUAUUUCGAGUUGUGACGUCACUAGUUUGACUCGAAAUAGUGGCAAUAACAAGAAAAUCUGAUAUCAUGGUGAUCGUUUAAUAAAAUUUAAUGAAACUUGGCACACUCUGUGGGUACAACGAAUUGAACAAUUUGGCUUGUUUAUAUGGUUGAUAUGGCAACACACUCGUCCCCAGUCCCUUCUCUUUGAAUUUCUACAUGAUCCAUUUCCAAAGAAAUAAAUAGCAAUUCUGCAAUUAUCGCUUAUUACUAUAAUACCUGUAUCAGUUUAAACCGUUAUAACAAGCAAACAUCCUUUGCAAGAGGUCUACAGGAGGAAAUGUGUGAAAAGGAAGAUAGGAUACUGGGGACUAGUGUGUUGCCAUGACAACCAAUGACCUGCCAAAAAUAUUCAUGUGGGCGCACCCACUAAGUGUACCAAGUUUCUUUAUACUCACCAAGAUAUCAGACUUUCUUGUUAUUGCCAUUAUAUUAAGUCAAACUUGUGAUGUCACAACUCAAAAUAUAGAAAGUGCGAGAGAGUUGAGAAUGAGAUAUGAAAAAACUGUAAACGUCAUUCUUUCAUCACUCCAGCAGUACUUUUUAGAAAAACAAUAAAAACGAGGUAAACAUUUUGUUUCAUCAGCACUUUAACCUUCAGUUGAAAACCCGAAACAUUUUACAGUUUAUACCCUGUAUUUAAUUGAAUCAGGAAUGGAUUUUCUGGGGAGGGGUGCACCCCCUCCCCUCCCUAGCCAUGAGGGGAUGUAGGGGGAUGCUAAUUUCCAUAUCAAAACAAGGCAAUUGCCAUUGCAUGAUCAAAUAAAUAUACAAGAGGCAAAAUGAUAUACAGUAAUUUGAGUAAUAACAUGAUGAUAACUUCAUAUUAAGUGAAUAACAAUCCAAAUACUCAUUCACCCAUUGAGUGGCAGCACUCCCCCUGACGGGUGAAAUUGUCUGGCAUUAGAGAGUACAAUAAUAUAGUAGGGCGCAUUGAACCUUAAACCGACACCAACACCCACAUAGCACCAACCAUACUCACCCAGCACUAAAGUCUAAAGCACCCCGCCCCCAAGAUCACGCUGGAUCCAUCCCUGGAUUAAAUUAUUAUUUUGAGCGAAUGUUGUCUAAAUAAAUGUACAACUGUACACUCUUUUUAAAUUUGCACCAUAUCUGUUCAAAGGUCACGAUAAAUUGAAACCAUUUGGUUUCCCAAUACAUGGUGCUAUUGAUGGGUACAGCCGUAAAGUACUAUGGCUAGAGGUUGUCAAAUCAAACAAUUCACCCGGAGUUCCUGCUCAUCUUUUUCUUGAAACGGUCAAACAGCUCAAGGGAUGCCCAAUUUUACUCGGGACAGAUCGCGGCAAUGAGAAUGGGAAAAUGGCAGCAAUGCAAUGUUUUUUUCGAGCUAAUGGCAAUGACGAGUUUGCUGCAGAUAAAUCCCACAAGUAUGGGACGUCCACACGCAAUCAAAGAAUUGAAAAUUGGUGGUCUCAUAUGCGAAAAAUGAGGACACAUUGGUGGAUAAAUUUCUUCAAAGACAUGUGCAGCUCUGGUACACUCAAUCUGUACAAUGAAGUUGAGAAAGAAUGCCUUUGGUUCUGCUUUAAUGGUGUGUUGAGUGAUGAUCUCCAGAAAGUUAAAACCAGCUGGAACUCACAUCACAUCCGUCCAUCAAGACACGACAAUGUUUCUGGGUGUCCAGAUGUAUUAUUCUAUCUUCCUCAACGGUCUGGUGGUCUGGACAACCUGCAAGAAGUUUCUGAUGUUCAAAUUGCAGAAAUGGAACUCCAGGUUGAUGCAAGGGAAGAGGAAAAUGAAUAUCAGGAAUAUUUUCAUUAUUUAAUGGAGAACGAAGAGAUUCUAAACCCUACAACUCCAGAGGUAGCAUUCAAUUGA